AUGAUCUACCUUUUUGGUAAUGGUUCAUCAGAUAAUAACGAUCAAGCAGCCAAAGUCCGAAUAGCAUACAGCCGUGAGCGGGAUGAUCGGAGCCGCGGCGAGAAGGCGGAAGGAGAAUGGAUCUGCAAGAUUUGCACAUUUGUCAAUUUUCCGGGCCGUACGAAAUGUCACAGGUGUCAGACACCGCAGAUCGAUAUGGCUACGUUCAACCAAGCAGCAGCAGCAAAACCUCAAUACAUGAACAGUGGAGACAGCGAUGCUUCACCGAAUGGCACACCCUCGCAAUUCCUUCUCAUCCGGAACCUAGAACCUACAGUGACGGAAGAUCUCCUCGCGAAAGGCGUGACCAAACUAUACAAGCCAGGCAGACGCUCAUCACCGCCUGCCGCUACGGCAUCGAAGAAGAACAAUGCCAAAGUCGCAUCGACUACUGGCGACGCAAAUCUCGGUGCUAAGGAGGGAAGCCUUAGAAGGAUACUACUCGUCCGGGAUAGGCGGAACAACGAAAGCUGGCGCUAUGGGUUUGCUGAGUUUGCUACGAUUGAGGAUGCACAAGCCGCCCUGACUCGCUAUAAAUCGUUCGAAAAGUUCACAAUUUCCUCGAAGCCUGUCACUGCUGAUUAUGUACAUGCUGGUGUAUUCAUUCCUAUCUUCAAUACAUCCAAAGAGACAGAGCGCUUUACAUUCAGUCCACUGGGGAACACAGCUACCAAGCUCGCUUACUGGGAUGAAGACGCUUGGGCCAGUGAACUUGCUGUAUCCACCGGCUCGCCUAAAUUGGGUUCAGCAGCGGGUGAAGGUCAAUUUCGAUCUGCUGCCGACCAAGCAGCGGCAGCGGCUGAGAACGAAGGUCUUUUGAGGCCUGGAAAUGAGGCCGACACUAGGAUGAAGAAGAGGAAAGCAGAGGCCAACGCUACAGCCAAACAGAAAAAGACUGCACCUGCGCAUCUGCAAUUCUGGAGUAACCGCCAUGCAGAGCUUCAUGGCGUGAAACCGGAUAUAUCCACGGAGAAUGGGCACGAAAGUAAAGAAAUGUCAGAGGUGAAGGAAGAGGUGAAGGAAACAAACGCUUUUCCGCAAACCUACGCCAACUUGGCCAAGAAAUGCUGCUACCUAUGCUCCCGCCAAUUUAAGACCGAAGCUGAGGUAAACCAGCAUGAGCGUGUCAGCGAUCUUCACCAAAGUAAACUCAAGAACGCAGACCUGGUAGCAAAGGCUCAGAGCAAGAUGGUCAAAGCAGGCAUUCCAUUGACAGCGGUUUCUGAAGACUCUUCAGAGUACCGUGAUCGAGCUAGGGAAAGACGUGCUGCUUUCGGCGCUGGCAAGAAAAUCUCACUUCCGCUUAAAAAAUCAGCAACUCAACCAGACGAAGAGACAAAAGACGAGCCGGCUCCAGCGCCAUCGAGGGGCGCUUCCUUGCUAGGAAAGAUGGGUUGGUCUGCGGGUGAAGGUCUUGGAGCUCAGGGGACAGGGAUGACGGCACCGAUAGCUACUGAUAUGUAUGUGCAAGGAGUUGGUUUGGGGGCUCAAGGGGGGAAAAUCGGCGAUGCGUCUGAGGAGGCAGAGAGGAAUACAAAAGGAGGUUACGGGGACUUCUUGGAGAGGACGAAGGAUAAGGCGAAGGAGAGGUUUGAGAGGAUGGCUUGA